AUGGUUUUGUCACCUAGACCAGAACAAGCUCAAUUGCACGUUGCUCUUAAGACGCCAUUGAUAUCGUGGAGUGCACACUCCAUGAUUGACGAGGAGAUGGACUCAAUUCCAUCUCCUCCACAGUCGCCUAGAUGGGGUAGCUAUCGAGGUUAUGCCGCACCAGUCCCAGUAUCCGGAACUAAACCUCGCAGUGCUAUCUUAGUUGCUCCAUUGGUUUGUAAGGACACAGACAUCGUGGUCGAAACUACAUUGGGGUUCCUGUCGCAGUACAGACACUUCAAUAAUACCCGUUCUACCCCUGUACACAGUGAGCCAAACGUGAGGGCUACUCGUUCUAACAAUACCGCAACUCACCCUGUAAGCAAACCUUCUGAACAAAGGACUUCUCGCAGAAGAGUGCCACGUAAAAAUUAUAAACUUCAAUUGGAAGAUGAACUAGACUCAUUUGUUGCUAAGAGCACUAAACAGAAAGUCAGGAAAUCAGUGACACCUGUUCGUUCACACGCCCGUUCCAACAAUCACUCAACUCUACCUUCUUCUCCAAUUGCAUCUGCAAAUGCGCUAAAUGGUGCUUCACAAUAUGAAGCUAACAUGUCUUGGGCAAAAUUAGUUGAUUACUCACCACCACUAUCUACACUACCACCAAAUAACAAUAAAAGCUUGAGAAUUGAAUGGAAGGGCUCUCCAAUGGAUUUGUCAAACGAUCCAUUGAAAGAUAAACUCCAUCCAGCAGAGCUUGUUCUAGCUGAGAUUUUAAGACUCCCCUGUGAUCUGUAUCUGGACUCUAAGAGAAGAUUCUUUCUGGAAAAAGUACAUAAAUUGAAGAAAGGACUUCCUUUUAGAAGAACGGACGCUCAAAAGGCUUGUAGAAUAGAUGUCAAUAAGGCUUCAAGAUUAUAUGCUGCUUUUGAGAAAGUACAUUGGCUUGAUGAUUCUAAUUUUGAGAAGUUCUUGUAA